UUUUGUUUGGAUGCAUAGAUUUGUCUUUUCUUUUUUUAAUCUCAAUUUUCAUUGAACUUUUUCCCUCUGUCGUUUGCACCUGUCAUCUCAGCCCUGCUCGAGAAUAUUGGCCUAAUGCGGAGAUGUGAUGUGACUUGUUGCUGAAAAUAAUGUAACCCCAUUUUUUGGAAAUAUAAUCGCAGUUGAACUAAAGGAUAUCUUAAACUUUACACCUGAUGAGUGGACAAAGAGUUAAGACACCUUAAUACCAUACAUUUGGGAUUAUUUGACGUUUUCGCGAGGAGCGAGUGAGUUUAGAGGGUGCAGAUGGCCGGAGGUGCACUCAGUCCUCGUCGUGACACGAUGGAAAAGGUAAAAGAAAAACUAUUUCAGUUUCUUCAUGGUUUCUGCUGAAUAUGGAUUCUGCACAUUUGGCUUCUGUUCCUUCUUUUCUUAUAACAUCACACAAUUUUUAAUGGGAAUUCAUGAUUGAAAAUCCCAAUCCUAGAUAAGUGUGUUAGUGUGUAUAAAGCCAGUAAUCCAUUAUGAAUUCAUGUGUAUCCAUAAAAACAGGUAAAAAGUGCAAAAUUGUUUGUAGGACUAAUCAAGUACAACAGCCGAGGAGUCAUACUUUUUAAUUGUGUUAUAUGAAUUAAAUUAAGUUCUACAUUUUGCAUGUGAAAAUGGUCACCAAGUAAAAAAAGAUUAAUGAAAUUAAAGAUACUAUGUCUGACUCUAAGUAAAUAAAUCUUUCCUAUAAACUGAGUGUGUGCUAUACUUACAGCAGAGAAACUGAAAAGCCAUGGUUUCUUCUGUUUUAAUGUUGACGAUACAGACUAAGUUUCAAACAUAUUGCAUUGAUUAAAAAAAGGCAAUAAUUAAAAUAGAAAAGUAAGAAUGAAUGUUCUUUUCUAAAACUCAAACAGCCCUUAAAAAAUAAUAUAAUCUAUGAGCGAUGUGGGACUAUUUGUGUCUUUGGGUCAGUGUCACUAUUUGAGUUGAUCGGGCAUCAGUCAGUUCAUCACCGCAGUGAUGUAAGGGUCACAGUUACCUUACACCCAGAGGUCAGAGCUAAGAAAAGCUCUGACCUCUGUUCAGGUAAACCACCAGAGCUGAUAAGUGUGCGAGGCCUUCACCUUAGCCUAUCUACUGUUGGCUUUACAGCUCCCUCAUCAAACAAGAUUUCUAAUUUUAGACAUGUUUCUAAAUUUACUGUGUGACUAUUUCAGGACUUAAAAGUUCAACCACUGUUGUGAUGCAAAGUUCAGGUUCGUGCUUGUUUGAUGUGUUGGGUUGGCUGGUUGUAAAGAGGUCACAGGUCAGAGCCUCCUGCAUGAAAAGAAAUAAUGAUUCACCAAGUCUGUGGUAAAUCUUGUUGUUUUUUUGUUUUUUAUUUGCUAAAAGGUCACCUGAGAGAGUUAACUUUCAUAGUUGUGAUUAUGGCAUCUGAAUCCUAUGUAUUGACAAAUGAAAGUGGUUCUCUCUGGACUAGGAAAACUAGAAACAAGUUUUUCAAUUGUUUACCCUGCAAAGAUUGAUUAAAGAUGAAAAGUACAAGGCAGAGAUACGUCAAAAGGCUGAAUUAAGUAGUUUAUUUGAUCAUCAGGAUUUACAUAAAAUUAUCCUUAUAAACCAAAGUGUUCAAACUUAAUCAUGCAUUAGAGGCUUUUUUUAUUAGAGGGGAUGUAGAUAAAACAAAUGACUCAUAUAAAUCAAACUAAGUGAAAUGUAAACCUCUUUCUCUAUGCUAAAAAGUGAAGCUGAACCAUAAAGCUUGAUUAAUACUCCGUAGAAACUGGGUCACGUUGAACUUUGCGUGAUUUUGUUUUUGGACAAAGGCUGCGUGUGUUUGUUUGCAUGUGUAUGUAUGUAUGUAUGUGUGUAUGUGUGUACGUGUGUUUGAACCCUCAUGACCAGAUGGGGUGAUACAGGAAAGGGGUGGGCGUUUGCAUCUGGUGUGACCGGCCCACUUCACCUGGGCAUAAAAACAGCUGAGCCUCUCAUUCAGAGGUACUCACACUUCAGUGACUCUGCACACACACAGGGUGGACACACACUCACUGCACUCCUAGAAACACACACGCUGAGGCUCAUUUAGUUAAACCUGUGAAGAUGCCGUGUGUCAGCUCUCCUCUGGACCAGAUGGUGAAGAUGCCAUGUAGCUACAGUUCGGCGGUUGAUAAAAUCUUCAUGGUAAGGCUGGAUUUUCUCUCGGAUAGUCCCUCCAACUUUUACUUUUAUUUUUUUGUGCCAGAUUGUCGGUAAAUCCAAGUCCUUGACACAAACUCUUCUGUGGUAUUUAAGCAGAAACUGGAGUGUCUGACUUCUCCUGACUUUCUUUGCAAAAUAUGUCAAACUCUGCAGUAUUUUGUCAAUCAAAAAUGAUAUUAGAUUAGAUUGUGUGCAGCUCCUGACUUCAUCUAAUUUCCCCUGGGUCGCAGGUGGAGCAGAUCCUGUCAGAGUUCAGGCUGAACAAGGAAGAGCUGAAAGAAGUCAUGAAGCGUAUGCAGCAAGAGAUGGACAGAGGACUGCGUAUAGAGACGCACGAGGAGGCCAGUGUCAAAAUGCUCCCAACUUACGUCUGCUCCACCCCUGAAGGAUCAGGUAUGUGCUUGUUUCUGAUUGUACGUAGAAGCUUAAACCAGCAUAAAGUGAGAUAAAGUGUACGUUUUGACAGAGGUGGGAGAUUUCCUGGCUUUGGAUCUUGGGGGAACCAACUUCCGGGUGAUGCUGGUAAAGGUGGGUGCGGAUGAGGAGAGGCACUGGAAGGUGGAGACCAAGACUCAGAUGUACUCUAUUCCUGAGGAUGCAAUGACAGGCACUGCUGAAAUGGUGAGGGAGUCUUUAUUAUUAGUUGUACUAAUUGCUUAACCAGAUAUAUCAGACUCAAAAGAGCUUAAGUUGUUGUGCAGGUUUUAAUCAUCCAUCUUUCUCUUUCUGCAGCUGUUUGACUACAUCGCAGAGUGUAUGUCAGACUUUUUGGACAAACAUCACAUUAAGCACAAGAAGCUCCCUCUGGGUUUCACUUUCUCCUUUCCCGUACGACACGAGGACAUUGACAAGGUAAGGUUUUACACUCUUUGCUGACAUCACCCAUUUGGUAAAAACUACUUUUAGCAAACCUCUCCCCAUAAAUAAAAAAAACAUUUAUUUGACAAGUUGAUCAUAUUUGAGUUUGCAUUUUGGUGUUUUUACAUUCAGGGUUUCUUUUCUUUCCACAGGGUAUCCUACUGAACUGGACCAAAGGCUUCAAGGCAUCCGGGGCUGAAGGGAACAAUGUUGUUGGUUUACUCAGAGACGCUAUAAAGAGACGAGGAGUGAGUUCGUGUAAAUGAGGGUAUUUGUUUUGUAAUUUUGUAUGCAGCCCUAUGAUUCUAACUGUGAUUGAUUUUUGGUGUUGGUAUUCAGGAGUUUGAGAUGGAUGUGGUUGCCAUGGUGAACGACACAGUAGCCACCAUGAUUUCUUGCUAUUAUGAAGAUCGCAGCUGUGAAGUUGGGAUGAUUGUCGGUGAGUAUUUAAAAACAAACAAAAGCACCACGUUAUACCACAAAAAAAGUAGAUCUAACGGUCGUGUUUUCUCUUGUCUCUCACCAGGUACCGGCUGCAAUGCGUGCUACAUGGAGGAGAUGAGGACUGUGGAGCUGGUAGAAGGCGAGGAGGGUCGUAUGUGUGUGAACACAGAGUGGGGGGCAUUCGGAAAAAACGGGGAGUUGGAGGAGUUCAGACUGGAGUACGACAAAGUGGUGGAUGAGACCUCGGUUAACCCUGGACAGCAGCUGUAAGUCUUAGGGUGCAGCCCAACACUUCCUGUUAUCGUCUUCAUUUACUGCACGCACAUGCAGCCAUGAGUUCAUCAUUAGACUUUAGUGCAUCACUUAGCGUGCUGGUGAAAGAUUAACACUGUCAUUUAAAACGUGCCUCGCACCCCCUCCCUCAUUCUCUCACUGUUUCUCUGCAUUAAUACCACCUCGAGGCAAUACUCACCUGACUCGCACCUGAGGUCUCGGUGUUGUUGCUAGACUACCAGGCGGUUUUCCUGAGGAUGUUUGUAAAUGAUCAGACCCUCAUACGUCAGAGGUCAGUCAGUGGCUGGAGGAGUCAGAUUAAUGAUCCCCCUCUGCUGCUUGCUACACGACCUGUAGGACUAAUGGCUGUUUACCUUUUGGACCAGCAGCCCCUUCACAUAGACAACUGCUGAGGCCAGCCUCAUUCAGCCUCUUUAGCAUUGACGUUGUCACCCUCAUCUUCCUCAUCUGCUCCCCCAGCCUGCUUUAGGGAAGGGAGUUAGUGGCUGAUGUGUUUCAUUGCAUUUACAUCCUUCCUGUUCAUUCUGACAUUUCAACAUCCUCUAUUGACUUCUCCUCUUUUAUUUCUUCCUCCCGUAGGUACGAGAAGCUGAUCAGUGGGAAGUACAUGGGCGAGCUGGUCAGGCUCGUUCUCAUGAAGCUGGUGAAUGAAGACUUGCUGUUUAACGGUGAAGCCUCAGAGCUGCUGAAAACACGAGGCAGCUUUGAGACGCGCUACGUCUCACAGGUCGAGAGGUGAGCGUCAGUGAAUCCAAAGCAGCUAUCUAACAAGCAUAAAACUACCACAUCCUUAAAAAAAAAGAUUUGAUGAAAACAGUCGCUAUGAUGAGAAGAACUGAAAGAACAGCAAAGCAAGGGGCAGCAUGAAGCCAGAUGGGUUACAUAAGCGGCUACGCUGAUGACACACACUUACAUAACGUUAUUGAUGGGGAAUACCGGGAAGCAGUUUCUUUCGCUUAACUUGCUGUUGUUGAACACAGCUGUAUUCUUAGACACUUGUUUUAAUAUUUGACCACUGAAAAUGAAAAGAAGAACACAGUAAACUGAGUAUAAUCUAUCAAGAAUUUAAAAAAUCUGUAUGCCAAUGUUAAAUAUUCCACAUAAUGUAAAUUCUGUGUCAACACUUCACAGAGCUUUUCCCCUUUUUUUACAAUCUAUUUGUCCUUUUUCAGUGACACUGGGGACAGGAAACAAAUCUACAACAUCCUGUCCUCGCUGGGUGUUCUCCCGUCAGAGCUGGACUGUGACAUUGUGCGGUUGGUCUGUGAGAGCGUGUCCACUCGCUCUGCUCAUAUGUGUGGCGCUGGGCUGGCCGGUGUCAUCAACCUGAUGCGGGAGCGACGCAGUCAGGAGGCCCUGAAUAUCACAGUGGGGGUGGAUGGAUCUGUGUACAAACUGCACCCAUGGUGAGGGACACCUGACUGUUUCAGAUAGUUUGCUGUGUUUAAGAACUUUGCAAAGGAAAUAUGGGGAUAAUUUGGCGGAGACAAAAAGAGCAUUUUCAGUACAUAUCAACAUGGAUAGAUGCACCAGUCAUAGGGUAUAGGUAAUCCACAGAGGUUUUUGCUCUAGUCCUGUAUAUUCAUCCUUUAAUUUUUACUCAAGUUUAACUAUCAUAUAUUCUGAGACAUAUAGAGGUAAGAGGGAUCAGGGUUUUACUAAACUUCUGUUUUUCUACCCUUAGUUUCCGUGAGAGGUUCCACAAAAUCGUCAGAGACCUCACGCCUCACUGCGAGAUCACCUUCAUCCAGUCGGAGGAGGGGAGCGGUCGCGGGGCUGCUCUCAUCUCAGCGGUGGCCUGUAAGAUGGCUGCAUGCAUGUUGACUCAUUAAAGAGGAGCUGUGCACCCAGCUUGUGAAGCUAACCUGAGCUCUGAUCCACAAACUCUGAUCACAUGUCCUUCACAGUCGGCAGCUCCUGACUACUUUAAGCUGUGAGAGGUGUUCGUCUGCAAACUGGGAUCUCACCACAGGACGACGUAGAAUGAAGAAUAAGACAAACAGCUUGUAAUAUAGAAUAUAUUUGUUCAACCAAUUUACUUGUUUCUGUUUUGGUAGCCUGUUGCACUUAGCAUAGGCUCAUGUCUCAUGUCUCACCAACUGUUGCAGGUGUUUGAGCUUGCACGGUGUAUGAUAGUAAAUCAUAAUAUGGAUUUGUUUUUUGUAAAUAAUGUUAUGGGUCAUGACUUAAUUUGGGUCAUAUCUUUGAUGUGUAUUAAUUCCUCUUAAAAGUAAUGAAAUAUUCCUCCUUUUCGUACACCGUUUAUUUAAAUCAUGUGUUUAUAUCCUUAUCUGUAUUUGCCUGUGGGUUGUAAUUUUUCAUCAGUGCAUUAUGAAAUGGACUUUGAAUGUGAAUAA